GACUGGAUGGUUAUAUUAUAUUUUCCCGAUGUCUGUUUCCGUAAUGUAUUAAUAAUCCCCGCCACUAAUAACACUUCCUUAUUAUAAUUAUUAUUUUAAGAGACAUUCGUAAACCAUUUCUUCAAUAUUAUAACGCUGUCAGCCUAUCUAUUUGUACGUAGCCCACCAACAGUGUUCCACCUAACUAGGUAGCUAUUUGAUUUGCUGUUAAAAUUUUACUUUAAAUCUUUAUUCUUUCGUUGUUAUCCUAUUAACAUCAUGACAAUUAUUUUGAUACUAAGUUUAUUUUUAAUUUUUAUAAUUUUAAUUUUAAUAUUUACAACGUGUUUCUGUGCUCGGAAAUCCAAGGAACAUUACCGCUUGUGCGCAAAAUUACCAUCCAUGCCACGAGGAUAUUUGACUGAUUUAAAAUUAUCGCAUAAGCUAUCUACACUUAAGCCCAAAGAUGUUUUGCCGUUUCUUAGUAGUAUUUUAAAGCAACAUGGAUCAUUGGUUCAUAUUCAUUUAUUGGGUCAUUCAUACGUAUUGUUAAACGAUCCAAACGAUAUAAAAGUUUUAUUAUCCAGUCCACAACAUAUAAACAAAGGACCAGAAUAUGGAUUGCUUAAGCCUUGGUUGAAUAAAGGUCUUCUAACAAGUGGAAGUCAAAAAUGGCAAAUGAGAAGGAAACUACUAACAUAUACAUUUCACUUUAAAAUACUGGAAACGUACAUUUCUUCGUUUAAUAAACAUGCUCAAUGUUUAACAAAAAAACUUGAAAAUAUGGCAAGUAAUAAUCAACGUGUGUCUAUUUAUACUCAUAUGACACUUUGUGCAUUAGACCUUGUUUGCGACACAAUAAUGGGAACUGAAUUGCGAUCUCAAGAGGGUAAAUCUCUAGAAUACGUUGAAGCAAUAAAUACAGUAACUGAUAUUACGAUUAAACGAAUUUUCAAAUUUUGGCUUUGGAAUGGAAGUAUUUUUAAUCUGAGUCAAAUUGGAAGGGAUUUUAAUAAAUCUCUCAAAAUUUUACAUACAUUUACUGAAAACGUGAUUAAAGAAAAGCGAGCUAAACUUGAAUCCGUCAAUUGUUUAGAAACUGAAGAAUUAAGUUUUGGGAAAAAACGAGUAGAAUCAUUUCUUGAUCUUCUAAUUGGAAUAUCGAAACAAAAUCCAGAAAAAAUGACAGAUAUGGAUAUUAGAGAAGAAGUAGACACUUUCUUAUUUGAGGGACAUGACACAUCGUCAACGGCUAUGACAAUGGCUUUCAUACAAUUGGGAUUGAAUCAAGAUAUCCAAAACUCUGUAAGAGAAGAAUUAUAUUCAAUAUUUGGAGAUAGUGAUAGAGAAGCUACUAUGGCAGAUCUUAAAUCUAUGACAUAUUUAGAUCGAGUAAUAAAGGAAACUAUAAGACUAUACCCAAGUGUUCCUAGUGUUACCAGAAUGCUUAGACAACAUCUUCACAUAAAGUAUGACAUACCACCACAGACAGUGGUUGUAGUAGUACCAUAUUUACUUCAUCGCGAGGAAAAACAUUUUCCAAACCCUUUGACAUUUGAUCCCGAUAGAUUUUUACCUGAACACAGUAUCAACAGACAUCCUUAUGCCUUCAUACCAUUUAGUGCUGGUCCAAGAAAUUGUAUUGGACAAAAAUUUGCAAUGUAUCAAAUGAAAACUAUAAUAUCGACUGUUAUAAGAAAGAUGAAAAUUGAAACAUUAGGAAGUCAAGAUGACAUUAAAAUAAGCGCACAAUUGAUUUUGCGACCAGAAUCAUUACCUGAUAUCAAACUGACCAAGAUUAAAUAAUUUAUUCAUUAGUAAAAUUGUUUAUUUAAAUAUUUA